AUGAGGUAUACUCCCAUUGCACUCCACUAUGUGCUAGGUGACAAGAUACACGCAUCGUCGGGAGUGUACAUAACUCCAAUAUCUCCUCUUAAAUCAUCAUCAUCAUCGUCUGCAUCGUUCAUUUUAACAAUCAACCAUAUUCCGAAUAUUGGAGAGUACUCCAUCUAUGCCAAUUUAGGCAACACCGACACUCCAUCUCAAGUGCAUUGGCACCGUGUUUCCAUACUCGAAGAAGUUUCAAUCAACCCUUCAGAAUUUGAGUUUUUCGAUACCCACAACCAAUUCAAACUAUACCCUCGUGAUCAGUACGGCAGAACAAUAUCAAUUUUGAAGCUAUCAUCACUGGUGCUAAACUCCGACACGGAAACACUACCGUCUCCAAUAUCAACUUCAUUAGCGGGUGCAGCCGGAGGAGUUGGUGGACCAGUGGCUACAAAAUCGUCAAUUUCCGUUGGAGAUCAAGUAACAAUUGUUUCAAGUCCGUUCAAUUUCACCAACUCGUUAAUCUUCCACCAAUUUACCACAACCGCGAGAAUAGUAUACAAGGUGCACACGAAUGAUCACGACGCAGAUAAUGGAGACGGCGUUGCGGAUUAUUGGUUGAGUGACGCUGCGUACAUGGAGAAUAUGGCAGGCGGGGCCGUAAUUGACAACAAAGUGAACAGUCUCGUUGCUGCUAAUGGUGAUGCCAAGGUUGGUAACAAUACCAACAACAACACCUCCGAAAACAAACUUGUGGGGUUGGUGUUGGGCAAUCUACGCAAAACCAACGGCGACGGGAACCUCAUGGUGAUUAUACCCUUGAGAAAAAUUGUCUAA